CACCAGUGUUCUUCACAAAAACAAAACCAGAUAAACCAUGGGGAAGAUAAGUGUAACCUUGUGCAUGGCUUUCUUAGUCUUUCUCAUAGCUAAAGCCAAUUCCCAAAGUGCUUCCAAUGUGAGAGCAACCUAUAAUUUCUACAAUCCUGAACAAAAAGGAUGGGACUUGAAUGCUGCAAGUGUUUACUGCGCAACAUGGGAUGCAAGCAAGCCACUCGAAUGGCGCAAGAAGUAUGGAUGGACGGCCUUCUGUGGACCAGUCGGACCUCAAGGACAAGCUGCUUGUGGCAAGUGCUUAAGUGUGACCAAUACUGGAACAGGAGCUACAGUGACGGUGAGAAUUGUUGAUCAGUGCAGCAAUGGAGGGUUGGACUUGGACGAAGGUGUUUUCCGACAGAUAGACACCGAUGGAAAAGGCUAUGCUCAAGGCCACCUUAUUGUGAACUAUCAAUUUGUGGAUUGUGGUGAUUGAAUUAACUAAUAAGCAACUGAAUGUUAAUUUCCUGAAUAAGAAAACUUGCUGAUUGUAAUCUCAAGUUCUUGAGUCAAAAUAAAGAUAAUUAUAUAUUUAUUAGAAAAAAUUAUUGGAUUAUUAUCCUAUAUAUAAUAUUUUCUUUAUUA